CAGCAAUUCUGUCCGAGGAAAAAUAGAAUAAUGGCCACAGCGGAACCAGAAGUGAGCCUAAUGGGAUGGCGAUGGCUGCCGGGCACGUUCUGGAGAAAGGUUGGAACCUUGAUGCUAGUGGUUCAGCCUAUCGCUCUGUCCGUCGCCACGCGCCAAUGGCCUGGCCAGGUUCCGGACAGUAGUCUCCGGGAAGAUGCCGGUAGUGCUUGUUACACUGGCAGGGUCGAUCUCCCGGCUUUGAGACCUUAUACCCGUGAAUUUGCAACGCCUUCUUUGCCACCGUGGUCUACACAAAAGAGCUGCCACGAUAUCUAGCCAAAAAGUACGAUUCACGGGGGCCGUUUGGGGACACAUAACUUACUGAGCACAUCGCACAUACAUUUUAACACAUCCUGCCACCGGGUCGUGGAAACCGCCCUCAACAUUGCAAUGGCGUCGGCAUUUGAACUCGACGGGCCAGUAUUCCACACAGCACCCACCCGCGAGCUUCCAAUUCGUGCAUCAAGUCUUCUAGAAGAAACUGGGGCGGACCAACGAAGCCAUGGCCAUACUCUCCAUACUCAUAGCCCUAUGAGCACAAGCAGACUGUCUGAAGACUCCUCAGCGCUAUCCAUCGCCACGGAAAUUUCCCAUGAUCAAUCCUUUUCAUAUGGUAUGGAAAAGGGGUUCUGGAGGGUUCGUCAAGGAGCACAAGAACUGCUUCGCUUCGCUGAAUUAUACAGCCAGCACCGAGCUUCCCAGAUGACACCAUCCGACGAUUCGUUCGUCCUCCAUGCGCUGCCGAAACAGAUCGACCUCGUGUCGAUGACCCAACUAUCAUGGGGUUUGCUCCAUGCUGUUGGCGACAUCAACGUCCACAGCCGCAAGGCAACCGAAACCCAUGAAUGGAUGCACGAAGACGACAAGCCGUCAAAUGCGAAGAGGCGGAAACGGUCAAGGAGGCGAGAUAGCGACAUCAGCAUGACAGCUUGCAAAAAGUGUGGUGUGAUGGAUAGCCCUCGAUGGCGAACAGGGCCUGCUGGGCCAGCAACGCUUUGCAAUGUGUGCGGGCUGCUGUAUGCAAAGCGCAGCCGGAGGCAUGGGUCUGGUUCUGAAUCCCAGUCGGCAGCUCCAUGACAUUUGCAUGAUGUUUGAAUGCGCGCUGUUUCAGAGUCGCCGACACCACCAUCUCGAACGUCUAGCAAAACGGUUCGGCGGGCAGUGAUGGGUUAAAAAAGAUAAGAGAAAGGAUGUGUCGUCGGGUGCCAGGCCAUUCUCGGCCAAGCCUCUCUAGCGCCGCACUUUUAGGGGCGGAGAUCGGGGCGUGGAUUGUGUCCGGAUAUCCUGCCAGUGAUCGUUCACAAAACCAGCCACCAAACGGCUCAAAGAAGAUGGAACGCUUUAUACUUGUAGAUCCGGGAACAUGCCGACGGCCAGGAGUGGCGCUCAUAGUUGUAGUUGUAGCCAGGCUAUGUAGUAGUUGGAACACCAAUAGUGUUCGGGUGCAGAUAAAGUUCUCACCUGUACCGGAGAUCAAGGACAGAUGCAAGAACCGCUGCAA